AUGGUCAGAGCAGCGAGCCACACCGGGCGCCUGCUGCAGUCCCUGUGCUUCACCAGUCUGUCCUUCCUGCUGCUGCACAUCAUCUACCAGAUCACUGUCCACAGCCUGUUAGCCUCCAACUCCAUCAGCACCAGCUUCAACUCCAGUAGGGUGGGGGGGCUGGCAAGCUCACCCAGGCUACAAAGCUCCACGCCCGCUCUGGAACUCCUCAGGGGAGACGAGAAGCAUCAACUACUACUGUAG